AUGUCAAUAUCAUAUCUAAAGUCUUUGCUAUUCCGCAGCAGUCCUAUUAAUGUGACUUCAGAACCCUGGUUGGUCCCGGAGAAAGAUACAACUGAGGUCUUGACGUUGCCAGAUGGUCGCAAACUCGGCUACUCGCAAUACGGUUUGUCGACAGGGAAACCCAUCUUCUACUGCCAUGGGCUACCCGGCUCCCGUGUUGAAGCGGGCCAUCUUCACGAGGCAGCGCUAGAGGCAGGCGCCCGCAUCAUUGCAACAGAUCGCCCUGGUAUGGGCUUGAGUACCUUUCAGCCGGGAAGGACGCUCUUGGACCACCCCAAAGACCUGGAGCAUCUUGCGAAUCAUCUCAAGAUCGAAAAAUACGGGGUGAUGGGUGUGUCGGGAGGUGGUCCAUUCGCCCUUGCUUGUGCGCGAACAAUGGCUCGCGACAAGCUUAAAGCCGUGGCCAUCGUGUGUGGAAUUGGCCCACCAGAUAUUGGCAUGAGCGGAGCGGCCUGGUUCCAAUGGCUUGGAUUCACAUAUGGAUGGCGCUAUAGUCCUCGUCUUGCCGGAUGGUUUUUUCAUCAGCAAGGCCAGUUUUACUUGACAGAUGAACAGCGUUUGCAACUCCGUCUGCAAGAGGCGGAAAAGAACAAGGCGAAUUUUCCGAGGCAAGAACUAGGUCUCUGGUUGGACAAGGAGAUUGUUGCAAGGAUGGUUAUGGCGAGUCGGCAGUAUUAUCGUCAAGGGAUUGAGGGUGUGAGUCACGACGGAUAUUUGUGUGGAACAGAGUUCGGGUUCGACAUUGCGGAUAUCCGGACUGACCUUCCCAUGCGGCUGUGGUAUGGACAGCAUGACACGCAUGUACCUCCGAAUCACGGAGUUCAGAUUGCGAAGCGGUUGGGAGAACAUGCCUGUCUAAGACUGGAAGAUGAGACCCACGCGAGUAUAUUCUUCCGUCGGCGAAAAGAGGUUCUGGCGGACUUGGUGACGUACAUUUAG